CUACCGCGCUCUCAGCCACCGCCUCCUCCGGGCUCCGGGUCUUCCCCUUCCUCUCACAACUGAUCCUGUUGGGGAUUUUUUUUUUUCUAUAUUGGAACGGUGGGGAGGAGCAGGGAGGGGGGAACCAGGAGGAAGGGGAGAAAUCAGACAGCUAUCUGUCUCCUCCUGUUUUUCCCAGAACAGGUGAUGCUUCGAAAUUGCGAUCACUUUCUGGAGAACGCUCUGCAACUGGAAGGAUGCGGGCGACCUAGGGUGGUAGAAGCCCCGAGGCGGCAGAUCUGAAACCACCGAGGACAAAAAACCCAAACUUUGAGUGCAUUGUGCGUGGAGGGAAGGACUGGUUAUUUCUUUCCAAGAGGGCCCCAAACUUCGUCACUUGCCCCCUUUCUCGGAUUGCUUUGGAAAACAGCGUUUGCUGGCAGCGUUGGAAAGUCGGGGCGGUGUUGUCGUAAAGUCACUUUUAAGGCGACAGUAAAGGAUCAGACUUUUUAAAUGUUUGGGAUUCAAGAUACGCUAGGAAGAGGACCAGCUCUGAAAGAAAAGUCGCUGGGCGCCGAGAUGGAUUCGGUCAGGUCCUGGGUCCGGAAUGUCGGCGUGGUGGACGCCAAUGUCGCUGCUCAGAGCGGAGUGGCCCUGUCCCGGGCCCACUUUGAAAAGCAACCUCCCUCUAACUUGAGGAAAUCCAACUUCUUUCAUUUUGUCCUGGCGCUCUACGACAGGCAGGGACAGCCGGUGGAGAUCGAGCGCACGGCCUUCGUGGACUUUGUGGAGAACGACAAAGAACAAGGCAAUGAGAAGACCAAUAAUGGCACCCAUUACAAGUUACAGCUCCUCUACAGCAACGGUGUCCGCACAGAACAAGACCUCUACGUCAGACUCAUCGACUCAGUCACCAAGCAGCCCAUAGCCUAUGAGGGGCAGAAUAAGAACCCAGAAAUGUGCCGAGUCCUGCUGACGCAUGAGGUGAUGUGCAGUCGAUGCUGCGAGAAGAAGAGCUGCGGGAAUCGGAAUGAGACUCCAUCAGACCCUGUCAUCAUCGACAGAUUCUUUUUAAAAUUUUUCCUGAAGUGCAAUCAGAAUUGUUUGAAAACAGCAGGAAACCCAAGGGACAUGAGACGGUUCCAGGUCGUGUUGUCAACAACGGUAAAUGUGGACGGGCAUGUGCUGGCUGUGUCCGACAACAUGUUUGUACAUAACAACUCUAAGCACGGAAGGAGAGCAAGAAGGCUUGACCCGUCAGAAGCUACACCCUGCAUCAAAGCCAUCAGCCCAAGUGAAGGCUGGACCACAGGAGGAGCCAUGGUCAUCAUCAUUGGUGACAACUUUUUUGAUGGUCUCCAAGUUGUGUUUGGUACCAUGCUUGUAUGGAGUGAGCUUAUAACCCCCCACGCCAUCAGGGUGCAGACCCCUCCCCGGCACAUCCCUGGAGUUGUGGAGGUGACACUCUCUUACAAAUCCAAACAGUUCUGCAAAGGAGCCCCGGGCAGGUUCAUUUACACAGCCUUAAAUGAACCCACCAUAGACUAUGGCUUCCAGAGACUGCAGAAAGUCAUCCCAAGGCACCCAGGGGACCCUGAGAGGUUAGCCAAGGAAAUGCUAUUGAAAAGAGCCGCGGACCUAGUGGAAGCCCUGUAUGGCACACCGCACAACAACCAGGACAUCAUUUUAAAGCGUGCCGCAGACAUUGCAGAAGCCCUGUACAGCGUCCCCAGGAACCCCAGUCAGAUUCCAGCUCUCUCCAGCUCCCCAGCUCACAGUGGCAUGAUGGGGAUCAACUCUUACGGCAGCCAGCUCGGAGUCAGCAUCUCAGAGUCCACACAAGGAAAUAACCAAGGAUACAUUCGCAACACAAGCAGCAUCUCCCCGCGGGGCUACUCCUCCAGCUCCACGCCUCAGCAGUCUAAUUACAGCACCUCCAGCAACAGCAUGAACGGCUACAGCAAUGUUCCUAUGGCCAACCUGGGUGUGCCAGGAUCGCCAGGCUUUCUGAAUGGCUCGCCCACAGGCUCCCCAUAUGGAAUCAUGUCCUCGAGCCCCACCGUCGGAUCCUCCAGCACGUCCUCCAUCCUCCCGUUUUCCUCUUCAGUUUUUCCUGCUGUCAAGCAGAAGAGUGCCUUUGCCCCUGUCAUCAGGCCCCAAGGCUCCCCUUCGCCCGCCUGCUCCAGUGGCAAUGGGAACGGAUUCAGAGCCAUGACGGGACUUGUUGUACCCCCAAUGUAAAGAAGAGGAAGAACUGCUUUCUCAUAGCACAAAACUACUUAUUUCGAUGGACCAAUUAUGAAGGAAGCACUCUGAGCUCACUGGGGAGAGUUGCGCCCCUGAGUGGCCACGUUGGACAGAUUUGGGAAGGCAAGGAGCCGCCAUCUUGGUCUCAUGUUCCUCACGAAGCACUGACAGUAACUACACAAGCAAGGACAGAAAGACGUCAUGGGCGUGGUCAGUGCUAAGAGUAGAAACGCAAUUCUUUGUUAUGAACAUUAUGAAAACCACCUUCCUAUGUUUGUAAAAUAUUGAAGAAAAUCAUUGGCAAACAUUCAUGCUUAAUAUUUUGGAUACUAUUUGUUUUUCUUUGUAGGAAAAAAAAGUUGAAAGUUUCUAUUUUCUAUGAAUCCUUUCAGAUACCAAUUUAGUUUAUGCAGGAAAAAAAAUUGAACAAAACAGGGUACCAGCAUGGGAGACUUUCUUAAAAAUGAAACCUGAAUUGAAUGAGGAAAUGUUGUAUGUGUGUUCGCUUAUACCUUAAGCUCUUU